AUACUCGUGGUCGAAAAUAUUUCACAACCCUGCGAGGAGAAAAAUGAUUUUAACGUCGAUCUGAGGUUAUUUUGGUGGACCGUAUUGAAAAUCUUGGAAAAUGAGUGCUAUUUUCAGAUUAUUUCCCAGUAGGUUUCUUUGUAAAGCCUGUAGUAGGAAUACUCUGCUUCCGAUGUUCAGUGCGCUAACAAAGACUUUGAAUGGUUCUCGACCGUUUGCAACAGAUUCUGAGGACCUCAAGCUGCCAAAGUUCUUCAGAGUGGUGUGCAAGAUGAUCUUAGUAACAUGUUUUUCAUGCAUGGUGGUGUAAUGGAUGUGUUUGGAAUCAAGGACGUGCGAGUUACACGUUGUGGCUACACCGGAGAGGAUGGUUUUGAGCUGUCAGUGAACAAGGACAGAGCUGUUGAUUUGACGAAUGCAUUAUUAGAAAGCAAAGAGGCAGAUGUCAAACCAGCAGGCCUGGGACCGAGGGACAGUCUGAGAUUAGAGGCUGGGCUUUGUCUCUAUGGAAAUGACAUUGAUGAAAACACGACACCUGUUGAAGCUGUUCUUGUGUGGACAAUUGGGAAAAGACGGCGUGCCCAAGCAGACUUUCCAGGAGCAGAAAUAAUCCUCAGACAGAUCAAAGAGAAGGCGAACAGGAAGAGAGUAGGGCUUCUGUCCAAAGGCCCUCCUGCGCGAGCGGGGGCAAAUGUUUUAGAUGCUGAUGGUAACAAAGUAGGUCACGUGACAAGUGGCUGUCCAUCACCGUGCCUGAAGCAGAACAUUGCAAUGGCUUACGUACCAACAAAAUUAUCCAAACCAGGGACAGCAGUGCAUUUAGAGGUUUACAAAAAGAAGAUUGAUGCUCAAGUUGUGAAAAUGCCUUUUCUGCCAACAAACUACUACUUUGGGAAAUGAAAACGAAGAUGACUGAUUCAAGAAUUACUCUCGCAAACGAAAUGAGAAAAUGAAAUAACUACCGUGACUUUCACGUAGGAAUACUUUUAAAAUUGACUAGACUUGAAAUACUGUGUGAAACGUAUCAAAUAAUGACGUAUUUAUUGAUUAUUUUAUAGAGGUUUUUUAAUGACGUCUUACCCAUGAAUUGAAGAUUGAAACUUCACUCUGCCAUUUAAAUAUUCUUAUAUAAUAUAUGUAAUACACGUUUUCGGAAAUAGAAAUUUAAAAGUC